GACUCAAUUAUCCAUGUGGAGAUUAUUCACAUUUAAUUUGCAAUCUGGUUUCUCCUUUCAGUUAGGUUGUUCUUGGGCUGCUCCAGGAAUGCCAACUAAUUUAAAUAAUAAUUUAAGUAAAACAUAAUUAGGAAGGAAAAUUAAAUUCAAUUUUUUGGCAGCUCUUGAAUAUUCUACUGCGGAAAUGUAACUAAUCCAUCCACUAUCUUUUAAUUCACCAAUGCCUUUUUAGUACCACAGGAUUUUAUUGCUUUCCAUAGAUUAUUGCAGUAGUUUCCAGGUAGCCCUCCUGCUUACCUCUUUCCACUCCAAUCAUCAUUCUGCUGACAGCAACCUUCAAAAAACCAACUCCCACUGCAAAAUUUCUUUGCUUCAAAACAUUUGAUGGAUAGAAAAAACAACUUAAUGGCUACCCAUUUCUCACCAGAUUAAGUGCACAUGCCACAACCAGUCAUUAAAGGCUUUUUUCUAGUCUAAAUUCCUGUUCUUCAAACGUCAAACCGUCCUUCUACUCUACUGACCUGAAACACACUGCCUCACCCUCCACACCUCCACAUCUCUGCAGACCCACCGCAUUUGCCACCUGCCCUAGGAAGCUUUUCCUGAUCUUACCUCCCAUGCCUUUCACUGCUCCCACAUCUGAAUUCCUUUAACUCACUCCAUGUUUUUCUCAAAGGCAGACCAAGGUCUUUAUGCAAACAUGGUGUCUCCCUAGUCUUGGAUGAGGUCCUUGACAUCACUCACUGCAGCGAUUCAUCUCCCCUACUCUGCAGUGUCAGACUCUAAAGAAGGGUGCAACAAAUACUUGUCCAUUUAGACUGCUGGCAAACCCUGAGAGCAGGAAUUUUGGCCUUUUGUAUCUCCCAUGCCUAGAACAGCGCUUGGUACACAGUAGGCGCUCAUUCAUUGAACGUUGCUGAAGGAAUUGAACGUACAUACUACAAGCCCUGCAGAUGCAGAUACAGAAGGGGUUGAUGGCAGAGUGCUUAGGGUGGAACUGUAGGCACCACCUCUCCUGAGGGGUGAUGCGCAGCUUCCUGGGCAGGCUCAGGGGAGCUGGCUCAACCGCCUGCCUCUCUGCAGGCCAAACGCUGGAAAAAAACCCCCCACACAUUACCUAUUCAAGUAUGUACACACAGGCUCACUUAAACCUGCCCUAUUAAAAAAACAUACCCACACACGCACACACCACGUAUCCAAGUAUGUACACAUGGGCUUGCUUAAACCUGCCCUAUUAAAAAUAAUAUAUAUAUAUGCACAUACAUACACACACAUAUCUAUCCAGGUCUGUAUAUGGACUUGCUUAAACCUGCCCUAUUAAAUACACACACACACACACCCCUGUCCACGUAUGUACAUACAUAUAUAAUACAUAAAUAUAAAGACAUAUAUAUGCACAGACUUAAGUCCAACACGAUUGUAGUGUCGGGAGGACAACUGGGCCGCCCUCUCUGCCCUCCAGGACUGCGGGACAGGUCUCCGGUCGCCGGGGUCGCAGGAGCCCCAGAGCUCUAAAGCGGCUCCUGCGCGGCUUGGGCCUUCCGGCUUUCCGUCCGCCGCGGCCGCCAUUGGCUGGCUUCGGCGCAGUUGACAGACGGCGGCAGUGCGAGAAAGUCGAGGAUGGCGGUGCCGGCGGCGCUGAUCCUACGGGAGAGCCCCAGCAUGAAGAAAGCAGUGUCACUGAUCAAUGCAAUAGAUAUAGGAAGAUUUCCACGGUUGCUCACUCGGAUUCUUCAAAAACUUCACCUGAAGGCUGAGAGCAGUUUCAGUGAAGAAGAGGAAGAAAAACUUCAAGUGGCAUUUUCUCUAGAGAAACAAGAUCUUCACCUUGUUCUUGAAACAAUAUCAUUUAUUUUAGAACAGGCAGUGUAUCACAAUGUGAAGCCAGCAGCUUUGCAGCAGCAAUUAGAGAACAUUCAUCUUAGACAAGACAAAGCUGAAGCAUUUGUCAAUACGUGGUCUUCUAUGGGUCAAGAAACAGUUGAAAAGUUCAGGCAGAGAAUUCUGGCUCCCUAUAAGCUAGAGACGGUUGGAUGGCAGCUUAACCUUCAGAUGGCUCACUCUGCUCAAGCAAAACUAAAAUCUCCUCAAGCUGUGUUACAACUCGGAGUGAACAAUGAAGAUUCAAAGAGCCUGGAAAGUCCCUUUUAUUUCUUCUGUGAACUGAGUAAGGUAUUCCUUUAGGUGUAGGAUGAUGAUCUGGAACUUACUAGUAUAGGCUGGAACUAUUCCAUGAGUGAAAAUCCAUGCAUACAUGCACAUUCCAAGUAGCUAUAUACUUCCUCUGGUUUACUUUUCAUGACUACCUAAUGUUAAGUCUACGUAGCUAAAAGCAUUUUAUAUGUUGGAAGUAUACUAUUUUGACCACAUACAUUGGAUAUGCUUUAAGCAUCAUGAGUUCAGCAAUGCUUGUCUUUGGGAUUCUCAAGUCCCCCUAACUUCUUUGUUACAUCUUCAAAGUAUGCCUAUGUGUCUAUUAUAUUUUUAGGCAGUAGGAAUAAAAGAAUAAUGCUUCUUGUAAGACAGCCAUGUUAAUAAGACAUUCAGAUUAUUCAGGAAGAUGUGAAUAUCUAGAUGUGAAAUCUAACUCAUUUGAAAUAUGAGCUUGAGUACAUUUAUGUUUUUCUGUGUGUUUGUAUUUUGAAAUUUUGAAUAAAUGUAUAUAUGCACCUUGAUUAAUCUUAUAACUUGCAGUUCUAGAGCACCAUUUUCAUUAACAAAUAUGCUGAGGAAGAAGAGCAGAAGCACACAUACGUAAAAGAUAUUUCCCUUUCAUCUUGUAUGUAGACUUAAGUGACUUCUUUGCAUUGCCUUUCUCUUUUAUGGCAUUGUACACAUUUUGUGCCUGUGUCUUUUAUCUCCUAAACAAUAGACACAUAAUGAGGUAUAGAGCUACCAUCACCUAGGCAGAAACAUACCAUCUUCAAGUGAUACGGUGUGCCCUAGCUAUAAAGGACCGGUUAACUACUAUACCUGUUUUCCUCAAUGUACUGCUGGCUGGAAUUACUGCUCUUUCUUUUGUUUACCUUCCUUGAUUUUAGGAUUUUGUAUUCUGUUCUUUGUACUCUUCAUCUUGUUCCUUAUGUUAAUUUUUAUGUGACUCCUGUUAUUAAGGACCACUAACUACUUUUCUCUCAAAUAUUUACUCUGUUAUGAAAUGAGAAUUCUUCACAGGUUGGAAUAUUAAGUAAAAGGAAUGAGGGUAUAGAGCAUGUUUUAAAAAACAAGUUUGUUAAAGGAAAGGAAAACUUUUACCAAAAGGGAGAUUAAAUGUUAUCACUGCUUAGUUUAGGAUAUACAGUAUCUUAAAGUACAAAACUGUCAUACUUAUGAAGUUGGUGUUUGUUUAAAACAGGAAGCAUUGAGUACAGUUCUCACAAAUGUGUAUUUUACAGGGUAGUUAUCCUGAAAAUAUACAUAUAUUAAACUAUUGGGAGGAUUAAAGUGACUGUAAAUUGUGAGGGAGUAUUUUGGUGGUGUUUACUUUGAACUGAAAACUUACUGUAAUUCACUGAAGAGUGUGGUUUAUGAGGAGCUCCUUGUCUUCUUUUUCACUUCUAACAUACACAUGAAAAAUGUAGCCUGCAGUGAAGUUUUAAUUGCUAUCACACUGGAUAACACUGUUUGACUGUAGUCUCCUUUCUUAGAACACUUCUGUCUCGAGGCUUUCCUGUUUUGCUACUAAUUUUAUCACAAAAACUGGGUGAUUGUAGCUUUCCUGCAGUAUUUUGAUAUGUAUUCUAGUUGUUUUUGGUUAAUUGUCUUAGUGUUUGUCUACUGUGUUUAGGAAAGUGAGAUUAUUUUCCUGUUCCACAGAUACCUCAAAUUGAGUUUUCUGACUUAAAGUUUUUUUCAUUAGGGGGCAGUAGAGUGCUUUGCUUACUGAGCCUUUUCUGGCAUUCACAGUGUUAUUUGAAAUAACAUUCAAAAUAAUUUGUGAAGUCAGUAGUUGAAGGAAAUGCUAAGUGUUUACAUUUCUAAUCUGUAUAGAACAAUAGAGUUCCCUUAUUUAUUUCCAUCAACAAAAUUAAUGCUUAUUAAUCAUUUAUGUAUAGAACAAAUAAAUGAAAUCAUCAUGAUUUGACUUUUGAAAUUUGUAUAAGAUCAUUUGCCAAAAUGAAAUAUAUUAAAAGCUUUCUACAGUAUUGACUUUUUUGUUACAUUAUGUCACUUAUAUUAAUUUCUUCAUGAGAAAAAAGCAUAAAAUAGUCCAUAAGAUAAUUGAAUGGCACUAUUAGGUUAUGAUGUAACUAGUUCUAGGCCCAUUGUAGUCAGCUGAAAGUUCUUUAUUUAGAGAGAGUAAUGUCAUUUGUAACAAAUGUUGGUAAUAUUGUCUGACACCAACACUUUAACUUUGAAUUUCUUAAAAUACUUUAAUUUUGCUAUUUAUCUUUGUACACUUUUUUCCCCAGUAAAUUUCCUGUUAAAGACAAACCUGUUUUGUUAAUACAGGGAUUCCAAAUUUUAUUUGUACAUCUUUGAGGAAGGAUCCUUGUGUUUCAUUUUUUUUUUCUUUUGUAAUAACUGUGGUAAAAUCACCCUGAGAGAACUUUUGUUUAUCUUAAUGUUAAAUUAGAUUAUAAUCAGGUUGCAGAAAGUACUUUAUGUAAAAGUAAUUAUGAUUUUGAAUGAAUUUGGGACUCAAUACUAGUUUUCUGACUUAGAGCUCUUCAUUCUUAUUUCCAAAAUAUGUGACAAAUUCUGUUUAG